AGACGUGAACGUCGUACGCCGCCUCAAAACUACGACUUGAUAUUACUUUCUUGUGAUUAUAACGAUAAUCCUUUCUUGUUCUCUGUUGAGGGACGAUGAAUAUUGAGGAUAUCGAAGAACGCGAUGGCCUCCGUCUGUCGUGGAACGUCUGGCCUUCAUCACGGGUCGAAGCAACUCGAACGGUUGUGCCAAUAGCAGCACUAUACACGCCUUUGAAGGUACGGGAGGAUCUCCCUCCAGUGUUGUAUGAACCAGUUACAUGCAAACCGCCUUGUCGUGCGAUCUUGAACCCCUACUGCCAAAUCGAUGUACGAGGCAAGCUUUGGAUCUGCCCCUUCUGCUUGCAGCGCAACCCUUUCCCUCCUCACUAUAAAGACAUCUCCCACACUAAUCUUCCUGCCGAACUACUUCCCAAGUAUACCACGAUCGAAUACACGCUUUCCCGACCAGCCCAAAUCCCACCCAUCUUCGUCUAUGUCGUCGACACAUGCCUAGAUGCGGAUGAUCUGAAGGCGUUGAGGGACACGCUGAUUGUCAGCCUGAGCCUGCUUCCACCCCAUGCACUGGUUGGCCUGGUCACCUUUGGUACCAUGACACAAGUCCAUGAGAUCGGUUACGGGGAAUGCCCCAAGUCCUACGUGUUCCGUGGUACCAAGGAGUAUGCGCCAAAGCAGAUCCAAGAUAUGCUCGGCCUCUCCCAAGCGAAUCGUUCUGGUCUUCGGCCUGGACAGCCAAUGCAACCACAGAAUUUCGGUGCUGCUCGCUUCCUGAUGCCGGUUCAGCAAUGCGAGUUCCAGCUGACGAACAUUUUCGAGACCUUGGCCCGGGAUCCGUGGACUGUCGCUAGCGACAAGCGACCGCUUAGGUGCACGGGUGUGGCGGUCAGUGUUGCAGUUGGUCUGCUGGAGUCAACGUUCCCCAACACUGGUGCGAGGAUCAUGGUGUUCGCUGGUGGUGCAUGCACGGAAGGCCCCGGUCUUGUUGUUGGUGAUGAGCUGCGCGAGGCUAUUCGCUCUCAUCACGAUAUCGACCGCGAUGGUGCCAAACAUUACAAGCGUGCGACCAAGUUCUACGAGGGCCUUGCAAAGCGUGCGUCAGCCAACGGCCAUGCCGUUGACCUCUUUGCUGCCUGUCUGGACCAGAUUGGUAUCGCCGAGAUGAAAUCUCUGACGAACUCGACCAACGGCGUCAUCAUUCUCGCAGAUUCCUUCACGACUGAAAUCUUCAAGCAGAGUUUCCUCCGUCUCUUUGACAAGGACACCCAGGGUCACCUGAGUAUGGCCUUCAACGCGACCUUUGACGUUCAAACGACCAAGGAGUUGAAGAUCUCUGGUAUCAUCGGACACGCAAUUUCGGCCAACAAGAAGUCGCCAUGCGUUGGCGAAACCGAGAUUGGCAUUGGCCAAACUUCUGCGUGGAAGAUCUGCUCCUUGACACCGCAUUCGUCGAUCGGCGUUUACUUCGAAGUUGUCACCGCUGCUGGGCAGCCUCUCCAACCUUCCUCCCGUGGUCUGAUUCAGUUCGUCACCCACUUCCAGCACUCCAGUGGUCAAUACCGAUUACGUGUCACGACUGUUGCACGCAACUUCGCUGAGGCUGGCUCUCCGCAAAUUGGCCAGUCCUUCGACCAGGAAGCCUCUGCGGUCCUCAUGGCUCGUAUCGCCGUGUUCAAAGCGGAGAUCGACGAUUCGCCCGACGUCUUACGCUGGUUGGAUAGGAUGCUGAUUCGCCUUUGUCAAAAGUUUGCCGAUUAUAGAAAGGAGGACCCCACAAGCUUCCGACUAUCCGACAACUUCAGUAUCUACCCUCAGUUCAUGUUCCACUUGAGGAGAAGUCAAUUCUUGCAGGUGUUCAACAACAGUCCUGAUGAGACGGCCUUCUACAGGCACGUUCUUGAUGAGGAGGAUGUCAACAAUUCCCUCAUUAUGAUGCAGCCAACGCUGAUGUCAUACACCUUCGAUCAGCCUUCACAGCCUGUAUUACUCGACAGUGUGUCGAUCAAGCCAGACGUUAUUCUGCUGCUCGACACGUUCUUCCACAUUCUUAUUUUCCAUGGCUCUACGAUUGCUGAAUGGAGGAAGGCGGAUUAUCAGAAUCAAGAGGGAUACGAGAACUUCAAGGAGCUGCUUGAAGCUCCCCAGUUGGAUGCUCAAGAUCUUCUUCUGGACCGAAACCCACUGCCGCGAUACAUCGUCUGCGACCAGGGUGGCUCACAGGCACGGUUCCUGCUGUCUAAGCUGAACCCGUCCACGACGCACAUGUCUGGUGGGAUGUACGGCGGACCUGGGGCUCCGGGCCAAGCCAUCUUUACGGAUGAUGUUAGUCUGCAGGUAUUCAUGGAACAUCUCAAGCGUCUGGCUGUUGGCGCUUCCACGUCGUAGAGUUGUACUACUUCUUUCGUUCAGUCUGUUCGGCACGUUGUAUGCAGUGUUGAAUGCAAAAUCCCCAUUUCUACGGGUAUAUAUAGUAGUCCAUUGGGUAUCUGACCCGUUACAGACAUUGUUUAAAUUUUCUAUUCUACACCAAUCCUAUUGAAGAUUCACACUAUCGCAGCCGCCUUGUCCGCCGCCACGAUCGCCUGCUCAAACCCACGCAAGAGACUGUCCUUAUCCUCCAUUCCCACACUAACACGUACCAAGCUUGUCUCCACCCCGUACUCCGCUGCCCAAUCCAGCUCUGUAUAGUGGGCGAUGACGGUAUACGGGCAUGCAAGGGUGAAGUUCGUGCCCAGACUCGGGCCCUUCUCGCACGGGAGAGCGUCGAAGAAGGCCUUGCUCGCAGCGACACAAGUGAAAAUGAUGGAAAAGAGACCUCCAAACCCUCCUGCUGGUCUAUCCCCGCGGGCAGGGAUGCGGCACGCAUCAUAGUUCUCCCUUGUGACGUACUUUGGGUAACACACUUCCUUGACCGUGGCCCCCGGAAGACCGAUUCUGGACCGAAGGAACUCGCACACAGCUUCGGCGUUGGCGUUGAUGAUGUAGACGCGGGGGACGAAGGUACGCGAAUUGCGCUCCAUGAAGAGGGCGUCUUCUACGAAAUAGGUGUCUUCGUACACUUGGGGCAUAGUAGACCGGAGGACGGGGUGGUAGCGCCUCUUCGGGUUGAGUACAAGGCUCCCACCCAUGACGUUCGUCUCCCCGCUAAAGACCUUUGUCAAGCUACUCACUAGCACAUCCGCAUACGGCAACACCUCGACAUUGACAAAGUUUCCGAUCGUCUCAUCGACCACGAUGAGGAAGUCAUACUGGUCUGCAAGGGCGCGCAAGCGAGGGAGGUUAGGCGAGCGGAGCAGGGGGUUAGAGGGGAACUCGCAAAAGAGGGCGAGGAUGCGCUCUCCUGACUCUAGCAGAGUCUGCAGCUCGUCGAUCGAGCUGUCGAGCCCAUGACCGUAGAAAUGUACUCCAGGGCCCCACUUCUGAAGGAUCUUGAGCGUGUCGGUAUACGGAAACCCAAAACAAACACUCUUCAUCUCCCCCGUGGCCUUGAGCGCCAACUGGUGCGCAUACCAAAUCGCGCUCAUCCCCGUAGGCAUAAGCCACACAUCCUCCUCCGUCACACCCUCCACGCCUCGUCCCCUGACCUCCAAUUGUUCGCUCUCAUCAUGCACCAGUGUUCCCGCUAUCCGCCUGCGCAGAGCCUGCUUCGCCAGCACAGCUUUCGAGAGGGGCAGGUUCCUCCCGUAGCGCUCUUCGAUGUACUGUGCAUGGUCGGGGGACAUAGACUCUCCCUGAGCGGGAGGGGGGAACGCAGGUGCCCUGGGAGGGGAGACGGACUCGGUAGGCGAGAGAGGAGCGCCGAUGGACGGCUUUCGUCCGUAUCUGCUACGCGCGGAACGAUGUUUCCCCAGUAGGCCGGCGUGUCCAUUCCCGUUCCCGUUCCCGGUACUUGGCGCAGUGGAGGCAGGAGCGUCUUGCUUCUCCUCCCUGGCGCCCUCGGACCACAACCGCACACAGCGUUCCGCCAUACGACUGCUCACUCCCAGUCCCGUAUGCUGCCAAAACGCCUUGGCGAGGGGCCAUGCCUCCUUAUCAAAUAGGACGAUAUACAAAUCGGCCGCUUCCCUCUCCUGCACCGGUUCGUCAACCGAGGCAGAACUGGGUAGGAGGGCAAAGUGGGUCGUCCGCACGGAGAGCGGGGUAGAGGACUGGGAGGCCAUGAACCGCACGCAUUCCUGGGCGAUACGAGAGGAGGGGAAGAGCAUGGCUCGUUCUUCCGGUCGGGCAAAGCGUUGUUCGCACAUGACUGCCAGCUGCUGGAUUGUACGAUGGACAAAGAACCUCGGAUAACCAGUCUGCAUGACAUCCACGACGCGAGGAGCGCCUUCCUCAUAGUCGACAUUAUCCUGCCACUUUGG